AAGGUGUCUCUUCGGAAAAGAAACCUGAGCCCCAGGGAGGCGGCGCGGAGCGACCGGGGCAGGGCUGGCGGGAACCGCGAGGGAGUGCGCUGGGCACUGCUCGAGGACCAGCGGGAGCUCGGCUGGGCUGCAGAGGACCCUCGAGACCUGCCCCUGAGAUCCCGGCUCCACGCUCUCCUCGCGUUUUACAGAUUCCCCUUCCCCGUGACUACAUCUCCCCAAAACGGAGCCUUUAUAUGAAGAGAAGGUGAGGGAGCUGGGGCAACCAGGACUUUCCCGGGCACCCAAGAUGCGCUCCAUUAGGAAGAGGUGGACGAUCUGCACGAUAAGUCUGCUCCUGAUCUUUUAUAAGACAAAAGAAAUAGCAAGAACUGAGGAGCACCAGGAGACGCAACUCAUCGGAGAUGGCGAGCUGUGUUUGAGUCGAUCACUUGUCAAUAGUUCAGAUAAAAUCAUUCGAAAGGCUGGCUCUUCAAUCUUCCAGCAUUCUGUAGAAGGUUGGAAAAUCAAUUCCUCUUUGGUCCUGGAGAUAAGGAAGAACAUUCUUCGCCUUGAUGCAGAACGCGAUGCUGUGGUCAAGAGCAGUUUUAAGCCUGGUGAUGUCAUACAUGUUCUGGAUAGGCGCCGGACACUAAAUAUUUCUCAGGAUCUGCACAGCCUCCUACCUGAAGUUUCACCAAUGAAUCGCAGAUUUAAGACCUGCGCAGUUGUUGGGAAUUCCAUUCUGCUAGAUAGUGAAGGAAAAGAGAUUGACAAUCACAAUUUAAUAAGGUGUAAUCUAGCCCCUGUGGUGGAGUUUGCUGCAGAUGUGGGAACUAAAUCAGAUUUUAUUACCAUGAAUCCAUCAGUUGUACAAAGAGCAUUUGGAGGCUUUCGGAAUGAAAGUGACAGAGAAAAAUUUGUGCACAGACUUUCCAUGCUGAAUGACAGUGUCCUUUGGAUCCCUGCUUUCAUGGUCAAAGGAGGAGAGAAGCAUGUGGAGUGGGUUAAUGCAUUAAUCCUUAAGAAUAAACUGAAAGUGCGAACUGCCUAUCCAUCACUGAGACUUAUUCAUGCUGUCAGAGGUUACUGGCUGACAAACAAAGUUCCUAUCAAACGACCCAGCACCGGUCUGCUCAUGUAUACACUUGCCACGAGAUUCUGUGAUGAAAUUCACCUGUAUGGAUUCUGGCCGUUCCCUAAGGAUUUGAAUGGAAAAGCUGUCAAAUAUCAUUACUAUGAUGACUUAAAAUACAGGUACUUUUCCAAUGCAAGUCCUCAUAGAAUGCCAUUAGAAUUCAAAACAUUAAAUGUGCUGCAUAAUAGAGGCGCUCUGAAACUGACAACAGGAAAGUGCGUAAAGCAAUAAAGCACAUCCGAAACAUACAAACUGGAUAUGCACUUCUUUUCUGAAGAUGCUUCCUAAGAUUUGAAAAUAGGAUCCAAAACAAGACUGGGUUUCAGCAUCCACCACUUAUCUGAAAGGUGAUAAAGGACAUUCAUGAGAAAUCCACUACCAGCCGAUGAAAUACCUGCGAAGUGCUCUAAAAAAUUACGUAUUUUGACUUCAAGGGUCCUAGUAAGUGCCACUUCCACUAAGAACACAGUUUGAAUGUAUAAUCAGUAGUGUUUACAAGAUCCAACAAUGCCCUCGUCAUUAGUUAACCAAGCAAAUAUGUUCAUCACUGUUGGGCUGCCCCUGCAACGCCAAGCACAUGAGAAGAGCAACCCGGGAACACAGCUCAGCCCUUGGGGAAAGUGAACCGUCCUGUCAGCAGAGAUCAAGAUGGAAACAGUUUGAGCAGUGAAAUCCAUAAGAUGAAACAACUCAAGUAAAUGCCUUCAGUCAGGACUCCGAGUGUGAUCAUGAAUAUUAUGUUUUUGUUUCUGUUCUCGUUUGCCUUUUGGAAUCUCUUUUGCUUUGGGUGUUGGGGUGCUUAGAAAUCCUUUCUGAGAUAAAUAUGAAUGAGAUAAAUAACAUUCAAAUGAUCAUUUUUAAAGUUCUAUUUUUUACGGGUUACCACACAAUGACUUUUUUUAAAAGUUUUAUUUUGCAUAACUCUAAACCUCUAGAUUUUAUGCCACUGAUGUAGAAGGUACCAACUAAACUGUAUCACUCAGUAAUCUUGAGCCAUUCUAUAGGAUUACUCUUUGUAAUCUAAGAUGGUAAAAUUAACAGGAAAAAAAAAAAGUACUUUUGGUACCAAAGAUUAUAUUGAUAUCUCUACACAAUAGACCAUUCUCCUUUCAUGAAAAUAUGCUACUAAUAUGAAAGUUAUCUCUAGGUAUUUUAAAUUUUCCAAAUUCUAACUUUGUUUUUAUUUGAGGGAAGAUUCCAUAGCUUUUAUAUUUCAUAAUUUGUGGAAGCAUUUUGCCCUUUAGAAUAAAUGUUUGACCGGUAGGGCUGAAACGUGACUUCCAGUUCUUGUUAUUCAAAUGGGAAGAUUGGCAUGCUCUCUAGAUUGUUGUUCAGUUUUCUUAGUGCAGAAAAAAAUACAAUUACUACAGUGUUGUUUUCAUCACAGAGAUGGUGAAAAAAAAUUAAGAGGUUUAACAACAAAAAUAUAUACCAGUAUUUUGCACUUCAAAUUAAUUAAAUUGAGCAAUAUUUUUUCUGUAAUUAAAUUUAUUCAUGUUAUCACAAUGUGUUUUCAAGGAAGCACAUGAAAUAAUUAAUACUGAUUUUUUUUUUAAUUUUAACAUAUCACAGAAUUGACCAAUAGGCCAAUUUCUGGUAAUUACUACUAGGCUGGUAGGUAAUUCUGAUGAUAAAUUGUUUCUUUAGAAAGCAGAAGUUCUGUGUUCCCACUUCUACUCUUAACCUGAAACAACAUAGAUUACUUCUUGUUUCUUAGGGAAGCCAGUCUGAGGAAAGAAGAAAUUGUGUGAGGAAUAUGUGUUUUGGUUCUUAAGGAAGACAGUCUGAAGAAAGAAUAAAUAGCAUGGAGCAUAUAUACAUAUAUAUACAUAUAUAUGUAUAUGUAUGUAUAUGUUAGCAUGGAGAAUAUAUAUAUAAUCAAGGAAAAGGAUAUUCACAGUAGUACAGUUCUCAAUAUAUUAAUAAUAUAUGGUAUUCUUUUAAAAAUAUGAUAGCUCUUUGGGAUACAGAAGAUUUUAUUUUCUGAGAAUUCAUGUAUCUCUAAGAAAACAAAAUAGAAUCCAUAAAAGAGAUGCAUAGCUAAAAACGGAUAGAGCAUGAUGUACUUUUAUCAUUGAACCUCUUAUUUAUUGGAAGUUUUUCAAGGAUUAGGUACAUAUUUUGAAUUUAAAGUGGAAAAGUGAUUUACUUAAUGAAUCAAAAGUAGGUAAUUACUUAAUUUCAACUAUUUGCAGACAAGUUGUUUGAGUAGCCUUUAAUUUGAAUUCAAUAGAAAUUUUGAAGUCACAAGUAAAUUCUCCUAGAUAAAAUCCACUGCAGAAUUCAUUGAAAGUAUGUCUUAAAAAGCAGCAGCAAGGUACCUUGCCGUUUUCACUGCAUUUGCAACAAACAUAUUUAACCAAUUUUAAGGCCACAGCAAAAGCAUCCCAGACAUUCACUGUUCUGCACAUUGCUGUUUAUCCCAUGGAUGCAUUGAGUAGUGCCUUUUUAGCUUCGCAUUGCUUUGUUACCCUAUGCUUUGUGUUCUCUAAAUACAUUGCCCAGUUCUGAAAAUGCUCAGCAUAUAAAAAGGGCUUCAGCAUCGACUGAGACUACUUUUGUUCAUCUCAGGGAACUUUCAAUACUCAAGAAUGAAUUCAAUUAAAGGCAUUUAGUGUUCAAAGAAGACAAACUGUACAAGACCAAUUCAUUCCCUAUUGUAUUCCUUUUCAUCUUCCCUCCCCCUUCACGAUCCACUGUGGCCUCCUCAUAGGGAUAGGGCAAGGAAAUCACAGAAGGCUAACAGCAAGAAAAAGAAAAAGGAUUGAGAUUUAACCACUAAGGGGGCAAAAAGGCAUAAUGAAGAAAUCAAAUUAUUCAUACCUAAUGGAAAUAUCUAGGGUUUUUUUCUUUUGAGACUAUCAUAUGUUCAUAGCUUUAAUAUUUUAUUUCUUUUUCACGAUUGAAACCUGUACCUGGCACUGUUCAGGCAGCUGAUGGUGAAAUACACCUGUCCUUUGAACAGGGCUGUUACUGUGCUGUUAACAUGAAUAGGCCAUGGACACAUUUUCAUCUUUAUUACCCAGCCUGUUCUAUACUUAAUAUAAAAUUGCUAGAAAGAAAAAAUAAAUUGGUACCAGAUUUUUCUGGGCAAAUCUAAUGAUUCAGCCUACAGGACUGAUGAAAUGACUGUGGAAGCUUUUCUGUCUGAAAGAAGGUGUUGGACAUUCAAAUGUCUUUAUGUAUUGUACAUCAUAUGAAAUGUAUAUCUGUUGCUAAUGGGAAUUUCUACAUGUAUGCUCACAGAAGCAAUUUAUUUAAAUAAUGCUAUAGGCAGUGUACAUACCAACUAGUUAUUAAGCUACUACACAGGAAAAAAAAGUGAACAAAGUAAUCAUUUGCGCCAGUUAGUCACAAUGCACACAGUGUGGUAUUUGGUUCUUAAAAGAGUUGUUUUCAUGUGGCUGUUGUUGGGAGUUUCUAUAACCAUGGAAGGGGUGUAGGAAGAGUUAUGUAUAGUUAGUUGUUACCUCUACAGGUUUGAGAGUUUCCCCAUCAGACAUUAUCAAUAUACCAAUGUUUUACAAAUUGAGUGAGAGAGGGUUAUUGUUCAUAUUUGAUGAAAGAAAAUCCAAAUAAGGCCCACCUAGAAAUAGAUAUUUUAUUAUAUAUGUGCUAUAGAUAUAUCUACAUAGUACAGAUAGACAUGUGUGAUGCAUAUAUACAAUGUUAUAUAUGUGAGUCUAUGUGUAUACACAGUGAGUCUCUAAUAUACACACACUAGAUUUGUGUUAUGCUAACAUCUUCAGGAGCUUCCCUGUGGAGCCCUCGGAGAUAAGACCAUUUUAGAAUAAAGAAGUUCUUCUGAGACUUCAGUUACUAACCUGCUUUAAAAGGAUCUACUUUAUAACUGAAUCCUACGUUGUUCAUAUCUAGAAUUACAGUAAGGGUCUAGUGUAUUAUCCAGAUCUUAAAAAAAAAAAAAAAAAAGUGAAAAUUUAAAAAAAAGUCUUCAAGCUGGCAAUGUAUUUGAAUUAUAGUUUUCAGAUUGUGGCUCCAGACCCUGUGUCUCCCCAUUUAAGUAGCACCUUUUAAUAAAUACUGUUUCUUUGUGUAGGCAAAAGCACAAGUGUUUCAACUGUAUAUAGCAGGAAAAAAAAGAGUUUACAGAGAUAGCAUUGCUGCACAGGAUAAUUGCUACUGAGUAUUUCU